AUGUUUAGAUCGAAUAUUCCCCUGAGCCCAAAACCAAAGGAAACAGCAGAAACAUACCAACAUCUCAAAAUGUCGUCGGAGAUCGGUGAAGGACAACCGGCGAGACUGCAACAAAUGUCGGCACGCCCAGCAGAGCCUGAGCACCUCCAAUGCCCACGCUGCGACUCGACCAACACCAAGUUCUGCUACUACAACAACUACAACCUCUCUCAGCCCCGCCAUUUCUGCAAGGCUUGCCGUCGAUACUGGACUCGCGGUGGGACCCUCCGUAACAUCCCCGUCGGAGGUGGGACCCGCAAGUCAUCUUCUCAUAAACGCUCUCGCACCGCCAUCACCUCAACCACUACAGAAUCAUCUUCUUCGACUGUAUCCUAUGACCCGACACAUGGUAAUCCGGUUUCUAUGAUACCCGGAAUCAAACCCGAAAUGGGUUCUGGGUCUGGGUCUGUUUCUUCUAUGUGUGGUGAUAUGAAUCUGAAUGAGUCCGUUUCUGGAAGUUUUUCUUCUUUGCUGAACACAGAGCAGGGUAUAGGGUUUGUGCCUUUGGGCGGGUUUGGCCUUGGGCUUGGUUCGGGGGUUCAUGGUGUGGGGUUUGGGCUUGGUAUGUUUGACUGGCCAAUGGAGCAUGUCGGCAACGAUGAUGGUGGUGGCGGUGGCGAUGGUGGUGGGACUGUUUCUGGGGUUCCAUCCGGUUGCAACAUGUGGCAGGUAGGUGGUGGUGGUGGUAGUGGUAGUGGUGGUGGUGAAGGCGGUUUGGACAGUGGUGAUUGCUUUGGUUGGCCGGACCUUGCUAUUUCCACUCCGGGCAAAGCUCUGCAGUAAAAGCCCCACCUUUUAUUUUCCAUGGAAAUGAAAAACAAGUGUUUGGUUUUGAGUUCUGCUCUAAAGUUGCAUUGUGGGUCAGUAUAUGUGUGGGUUUUAAGGUGUCAUUUUUGUGUUUGGGUUAUCUUUUGUUGGGUAUAGAGUCAUAGACUACAGAAUAUAUGUGGUUUUUUCGGUUACAUUACUGAGGGCAACGACGCGAUCUUUAUGGACGGGAUGGUUCGCAAACCUCUACCAUGUCUCAGGUUUUGUUAUUGUGUUUUACAUGUUUUUGUAAAUGUAUUGGGUCUGUUUUUUGACAUGGGUUUGACACAACAAUGGAAGAAGAGCAC